CGCCGCACUUCGCGCCCCCACGCCCGCGCCCCCCGCGUCCCCGGCGCCGCUGGCCCGGAGCUGCCGGAAGUCUCGGCCCCGCCGCCGCCGCCUCUCGCGAGGGCAAGCCCGGGCCGCCCGGGACUUCGGCCCGUCGCUCCGAACCGGGAGGCCGUCGCACCGGCUGCCGCUCCAGAUGCUGCUGCUGCCGCCGCGUCCCCCCAACCCUCGGUCCUCCUCCCCAGAGGCCAUGGACCCGCCGCCUCCCAAGGCUCCCCCUUUCCCCAAGACGGAAGGCCCUGCCUCCACUCCUUCGGCGGCGGGACCCCGGCCUCCGCGGCUGGGCCGCCACCUGCUUAUCGACGCCAACGGGGUCCCCUACACGUACACGGUGCAGCUGGAGGAGGAGCCCCGGGGCCCGCCCCAGCGCGAGGCACCCCCGGGAGAGCCUGGCCCCCGCAAGGGUUACAGCUGCCCGGAGUGUGCCCGCGUCUUUGCCAGCCCUCUGCGGCUGCAGAGCCACCGCGUGUCGCACUCAGACCUCAAGCCCUUCACGUGCGGUGCCUGCGGCAAGGCCUUCAAGCGCUCCAGUCAUUUGUCGCGGCACCGCGCCACGCACCGCGCCCGCCCGCCGCACACCUGCCCGCUCUGCCCGCGCCGCUUCCAGGAUGCCGCCGAGCUGGCGCAGCACGUGCGCCUGCAUUAGGGCCCACCCCGGCCAGUCCGCCCUGGUUACUGCCUUACUCCGGGCCUCAGUUUCCCCGCCUAGCUACCCACAGGGAGAAACAUUCCUUCCUUCCCUCUCGUCCUCUCUCCUUAGCUGUGCGAUGCAGACCAGGUCCUUGUUCCUGCCUGGGUCUAGGAGACGGUCGGAACCGGGUUCCAGUGCCUCAGUGCUGUGUGCGCCUCGGAGAGCCGCCCUGUCUCUCUGAGCCUAGGCUGAAGAAUGACAAAAGCGUAAGGGCCGGUUCAUCUCUGCCCCGCCCCUCUUCCCUUUCACUGAAUAAACAUUCCGCUCUCCA